CUACGCACGCGUUAUUUAUCAACCAUGUCCAGCCGAUGAAUUUCGUCCUAUCUUCUUCUUUCGAACUAUAAAGACAACAGAGACUCUGAAACGUGGAAAUGGAAUACAGAUGAAGGUGCUGCACAGAACUCGAAGAUACACUGACGUUCCAGGCUGCAUCAGCCUCCGAUGAUGAUCGCACGACCCAGCAUCCCUCCAUCGACAUAUCAACAUGGAUCCAUCAGUUCAGCGGCUUCUGACUGACAAACUUUAUGACAAACGCAAGCAAGGGGCACUAGAGUAUCAAACCCAUGCUUCCGUAUGCGACGUCUAGACUGACAUCCCGCAAGGCUCGAGCGUUUUGUCAGAGAAGCCAUUGCCGACAAAGAACAUGACAAGAUUCGAAAGACUCUCGAUCAACUAUGUCAUGAUUAUGCCUAUGCUGUUCAUCUACCGCACGCUCGAAAUGGAGGACUCAUCGGGCUAGCUGCUGCAUCGAUUGCUCUGGGCUCUGACGAAGUUGCCCGAUACCUGCAGGUGAUAGUGCCACCCGUAUUGGCAUGUUUUACAGACCAAGAUGCCCGUGUACGAUAUUAUGCCUGUGAAGCCAUGUAUAAUAUCGCCAAAGUGGCCAAGGGUGAAAUCUUGGUCUUCUUCAAUGACAUAUUUGAUUCCUUGUGCAAGCUUGCGGCCGACUCGGAACUAUCUGUGAAGAAUGGCGCGGAGCUCCUCGAUCGUCUCAUCAAGGAUAUUGUCUCGGAGUCCGCUGCCUCGUAUGUGUCGGUGCUAAAUUUCCAGGAUGAAGACGGCGAGAACACGAAUUCUGAUAGGGAAAGUGCUGACUACCCCACUACAUUCUCUCUCGCCAAAUUCAUUCCACUUUUGGAAGAACGAAUUCACGUCCUCAAUCCCUUCACCAGAACAUUCCUUGUCUCAUGGCUCACACUUCUGGACACGAUCCCUGAUCUAGAACUCGUACAUUAUCUGCCAGCCUUUCUAGGUGGCCUCUUCAAGUUUCUGGGCGAUCCAAAUCGGGAUGUUUACGUGGCAACUCAAGGGCUGCUGGAGCGCUUUUUGAACGAGAUCAAGAAGAUUGCAAAGAUCAAAAGAGGCAUCGCUGAAAGUCGCAAGAGUCGAAUCAGCAACAUCAAGCCGAAAACAGAAAGCGAAGAUGGGAGCGCUACGGCAGCAGGUAGCAUAUCAGACGACAAUGCCAUCGAAGAUUCCGAAUCUGGUACAGCACAAGAUGUCCUUGAUGACGACGACGACACUGGCGGUGAUUGGAUACCUGGGCAAGACGUUCAGGUCGAUCAUGCUGCUAUUCUUGAUAUACUCCUCAAAUUCGUGGAUGUUUCCUCUAGCAAAGAAAGCACAACAAACCUUCGUCUCGAGGGGCUCUCAAAGCAAAAAGAGGAAGAGAUAGGAAUUGUGGCACUCCGCUGGAUUGACAGCUUCUUCGAAAUCAGCCCAGAGGAAAUCCUACCAUUCGUUCCACGGCUCUUGUCCCGUGUUUUGCCAUCCUUGUCGUCACAGUCAGAACAAGUCAGAACAACAGCCAGCAAAGUCAAUAGGUCAUUAAUGGACUAUAUCGUGAGUCUUCAAGACGACAAGAAGACUGAGCGUGAUGAAAGUCACGCACCAAGCAACCUUUCCGUGCUUAGCAUUCGAGACGGAGAUGCGUCGGACAAGAGACCGCUCGGAGCAGCAUCGAAAACCAGUCUUGCACCAUCAGCGAAAGAGAAUGAGCCAGGUGUCGAGGCUUCCAUCGAGGCCGAUGCGAGGUCUUUCGAAGCCAGAUCAAGAGCCAGCAUGGCGCCUUCAUUACAGGCUCCAGCCGACAUGGACUACGCAGCAGCAGUCAACACACUGACUUUGCAAUUUCUGAAUGAGAAUGAGGAAACCCGUGUUGCAGCCUUGAACUGGUUGAUAAUGCUCCACAAGAAAGCGCCAAAGAAAGUCCUCGCGUUCAACGACGGAACUUUCCCAGCCUUGUUAAAGACACUUUCAGAUCCAGCCGAAGCCGUUGUAACACGCGAUUUGCAACUGCUCUCCCAGAUUUCUAAGAACAGUGAGGAUAGCUAUUUUGCCUCGUUCAUGGUUGCCCUGCUGCAACUCUUUUCGACUGACCGCAAACUCCUCGAAAUCAGAGGCAAUCUGAUCAUACGUCAAUUAUGCAUCAACCUUCAGCCAGAAAGGAUCUACAGAACAUUGGCCGACUGCAUUGAGAAGGAUGAAGACAUCGAAUUUGCCAGCAUCAUGGUGCAGAACUUAAACAACAACCUCAUCACCGCCCCAGAAUUAGCCGAAUUGAGGAAAAGGCUUCGAAACUUGGAAAGCAAAGAUGGCCAGAUGUUCUUUGUCGCCUUAUUUCGUGCGUGGUGUUAUAACGCCGUUGCUACAUUCUCGCUGUGCUUGCUUGCGCAAGCCUAUGAACAGGCGUACAAUCUGCUGCAGAUUUUCGCGGAUCUUGAAAUGACAGUGAACAUGCUCAUCCAGAUCGAUAAGCUUGUUCAGUUGCUGGAAAGCCCCGUUUUUACGUAUCUUCGCCUACAACUCCUCGAACCAGACAGAUAUCCAUAUCUCUACAAAUGUCUUUACGGGCUACUCAUGCUUCUUCCUCAGUCUUCGGCCUUUGGCGCAUUGAAAAAUCGUCUUAACAGUGUCUCAGCAAUAGGCUUGCUUCAUACGCCAGCUGCCAUGCCUACGUCUGCAAGACCAUCGUAUGUCGUUAUGCCCCAUACUCUCAAGUUUGGUAAGUAAGAGAAAUGAGUUACUAAUACGUCCAUCUUGAUAUAGUGGCGUAUCAGGAAUGGCAUCGUCGAACAUGCCGCCCGCGCCCACCGGCGCUGUUGCAGCGCGUCUGAGCCGUAAUCGCGACAAUGCAGCCAACGAAGUCAGGUGGCCCGAACUUUUGGAUAAGUUCAAACAAACACAAGAACGUGCGCGGCGACGGAAUGAGCGACUGCUUCGAGGUAAUGACGCCGACAUACCUCUUGCCAGCGGAUUAACAUACGGCCUCCUCGAUGGCGCCAAUGGUGGUGGAACUAGCCGGACGGGUGGAAGGGCGGAGAGUGAGGGCAAGGCUCGCAGUACCAGACCGUUGAGCAUGAUCGGUGCCCCUUCCGGUCAAGGCGGACUCGUCAAGGCGGGUAGUGGCCUUACAGUAAACACAGGUUCAACUCCAAGCUUGGUGGGCUCCGAAAGACCCACGCCACACAAGCGUGGGCACAGCCUUGCGGGCGGGUUGGGCAAGUUUGUGUCGAGAGCCGGCGGGAGUAGAGAUCGCGACAAGGGAAAGAAAUAGAUGACCUGUGUUAAAAACGAAGUAGCCAGGCUUGGUCAUUGUUGGGAAUUAUAGUGGUUUAGUAAACUCUGGUAUUGUAGUAUGUGUUCCUGGUGUGUGUACUCGGUGUGGUUCCUGGUCAUCAUCACAAUCGAGGUGUAAUCCGG